AUGGCAGGCGGUGAUGCGGGAAAGCAUCCGGAGUGGACGUGCAAGGCCUGUGUCAAGCGGGGCGUCGAGGGCCCGUUGUGCAGCAACUGGGCCAACCGCACAUCCUGCCGCCACUGCGGUGCGAAGCGGGCCAAGGGUGGCAAGGCCAAACCCACCCUGGUGGAUGAGGGCGACGGGGACAGCGAGGCGGCCCCAGCAGGUGUGCAGGCCUCCCCGGGCCCCGUCCCCCUCACGGCGGAGCAGCUCGCCGUGGAGGUGGAGAUCCUCGAGGCGGCCAAGGUCAAGUACGGGCUCGUCGAUCUGGCGGUCCAGAGCAGGGCCCCCUCGUACCGCGGGUUGACCGAUCGGGCGCAGCUGGUGCAGAUCAGCCAGGACCACUUGGCAGCCAAGAAGGCCACGGAGCCGCCGCCUGAGCCCAAGCUGGCGAACGUGCUCCAGCGGCGCGACGCCGCCGUGCAGAAGAAGGAGCGCGCCCUGGCCCGCCUGGCCACCAAGAAGGAGGCGCGUGCCAAAUACCAGGCGGAGGUGGACGCGGAGCUCGCGAAGUAUCUGACGGAAAUGGACGCGGAGCAGGCGCUGGUCGACAAGCACGAGGCGUCGAUCCAAGCGCUCGCGCGCAAGGCGUCGGAGCUCGCCGCCAAGGAGGCCAAUCCUCGCCUACCGCGAGCCGAGGCCGUCGUCAGCGACGACGUAGGGCAUCUCGCCGAGCUGCUCGGCCAGGCGUGCGGCAAGGCUGGCCUCGGUGUGCCCGCUAAGAUGCAGGCUGGCCUGGCGGCCCUUGCCAAGGACGCCAAGAUGCGAAGCUGGGCGGCACGGGCGGCGAGCACGAGCCGGCUGGACCCGCUGUGGACCUUGAUCUGGAUCCUGAUGGUGAUGAGGCUUCCUGGGACUUGUUCGGGCUCGACGCCGGGGCGCGAGAGGAACCCGCCGAGCUUCGAGCCGCUCGCAUACAGAAGCUGGCCCAGCUUGCCGAGGCGGGCUGGUGCAAGCGGCGCCGGACAGCCGCUGGCGUCGCGGACGGCGCUGCCCCCUCUGGCGCAGCCCACAGCGAGCCGUAGCGGUAGCAGCGCGGCAGCGCAGAAGAGAAGCUGGCGCAGCUCCGAAUUCGUGGUGAUCUCCGCCAAUGGCUCGGGCUGGGGGCCCCUGACGGCGCUCUGGAGCGACGAGAGCACCAUGCGCAGCCACAGGGCGGACUGCUGGUGCGUCCAGGAGACGCAGCUCUUCCCCAAGAGGUUGGCAGCCCAGGAGCAGUGGUGCAGGCAGCACGGCGUGGCAGCCGCGCUGACGGCGGGAGUGGCGCGUGCCUCCUCGCAAGACGUGGAGCAGCGCCGAGCCGCCUCGUCAGGCACAGGCGUGGUGGUGCGCUCCAACAGGGGUAUGGCGGAGCCCGACGGCGCAGGCUCCAGGCACGUCGACGCGGAGGGCCGGUGCACGGCCGUCCUCCUCAGCGGCAUGCAGCGCGGCGGAGUGCUCAUGGCCAGCCUUUUCAUCUUGGCCGGCGAUCGGAACGUUGGGCCCAAGCAGCUCUGCGAGGAGGGCUCGGCCUGGCUGCAGGGCAUCGGCGGCGCGGUGGUCAGCAACCACGGCGGGCGGCCGACGACGAGGAAGGGUUUGGACGUCGAGUCGGAAUUGGACUUCUUCGUGGUAUCGAACGACCUCCUCCCCAGGCUCCAGGGAUGCAGCGUGGACCCUGGACCCGUCCGCCCGCACUCGGCGGCGCGGCUUCAGCUGCGCGCGCAUGGCGCGGCGCCGCUGGAGCGCAGGCUAAAGGCCCCGCGGCCCUUCCCCACGCAGAGGGCGAUCGGGCCGUCGCCGGCCCCAGUUGAGGCGCCGCCAGAGGUGCUGCGGGCUUGCGAGUCGGCCGACUCGCCUGAGGCCCUCGACGCCUCGCGUUUGCAGGUGAUGCGCCUCGUGGAGUCGGAGCUGCCGGUGUUCCACCAGAUCGCGCCGACGGACGAGGACAGCUUCAAGGGUCGCGGGCUGCCGCCCCCGUUCAGGCGGCAGCAGCCCGACUUGAGCGGGCGCGGCCACGGCUCCAGCGCGCCCCGCCCAAAGGAGGGCACGGCGGCGAAGCGCCCGCUGGCCGUCGCGGACUUGUUCGGCCGCAGGGCGCGGGGGCCAGCGUGCAGCUUCCCGGCCUGGGCAGUGGGGAUGAUGCCAGAGCUUUGA